AAGACCCGCCAAAGAGGCUCAGAAAUGGACAUCAUCAGGACCCUGAGCUGGACAGAUGUUAAAGCAACAUUUCCAGAAAAAAAAUAUAAAUUUUAUUUAACCUAUAGCCUCUGCCUGAGCUGAAGAUGCCAAACUGGGGUGGAGGAGCCAAAUGUGCGGCCUGUGAGAAGACGGUUUACCAUGCUGAGGAGAUCCAGUGCAACAGCCGCAGCUUCCACAAAACCUGCUUCAUCUGCAUGGCUUGCCGAAAAGGUUUAGACAGCACAACAGUCGCAGCACACGAGUCUGAGAUUUACUGCAAAUCCUGCUAUGGCAAGAAAUAUGGCCCAAAAGGUUAUGGGUAUGGCCAGGGAGCUGGAGCGUUGAGUUCUGACCCUGUUAAUAAUGAAGAACGUCAGCCUCAGGAGCCCAAAACUCCCCAUCCUGCAUCUGCUAACUCGAACCCAAGCAAGUUUGCACAGAAGUUUGGGAGUACGGAUCGCUGUCCUCGCUGCUCCAAAGCCGUUUACGCAGCGGAGAAAGUCAUGGGUGCUGGAAAGCCCUGGCACAAAACCUGCUUCCGCUGUUUACUGUGUGGGAAGAGCCUGGAGUCCACCACAGUGACGGAUAAAGAUGGAGAGCUCUACUGUAAAGUUUGCUAUGCAAAAAACUUUGGUCCAAAGGGGCGUGGCCUGGGGAACCUGGGUGUGGUUGAGGACAAUGAAUGACAAGCUUAGAACAACCCAUGGCACACAACAACCGAGUAUGACUGUCAGAAUUUGCCCCCUAGUGGCAGUCCUGAUUCAUUUCUUGCAGGUUCAGUAAAGGAGCGCAAUAGCAAGAGCAUUUAACCUCCAAACAUUCCCCAAAGUGGAAUAAAUAAAAGUGUGCAAAAAUGAAAUGUUUCCUCAGUUAACUAAAUGAACAAUGUAUUUCUUGUUUAGCAAUAACUAUGCAUUUUGACAAUGCAUCCACAUAUCAAUUUGGAUCUGAAAAGCUGAAGUGUGUAAGUUCACAUUUCAUUUAUUCAUAACAGAAUAAAAAACUCGGGUGCGGUUGAGCAGUAUAAUGGUGUAAAAUAUUUACACUUUUUGAGAACCUCAACCAACUGCUGACUUAUCUCUUCAUGAGAAGUUGGGAAGGGGGAAAGUAUUUUAGGAAAAAAGUAAUGUACACACUUCAGCUUUAAACAUGAUCUUAUGUUAAUUUUAUGCUGCAUAAAAGAAAUGUAUUACAAUGAUAUGAAUCCUAACUACUGUUACUGUAUAUCUUAUGCCAUUGCAUAAAAACAUAAAUAAAGGAUACAAUUUGUGUUAUUCAACAGAC